AUGCGUUUGCUGGUGACAGCGGGAGAUGUCCGGACAAUUAAAGACCAAAAUUGGCUGAACGAUGUGAUUAUGUCCUAUUACAUCCGAGUGCACCUCCCGCAACACGUCCGAACGUUUGUCAUGGAUGCAAACGUAUUUGGACACAUCUACAGCGAGUUCGUUCAAGUGGAGCGAAAAAUUGGACUUGCGCACGAGCGCUGUUGCGGUAUCACCGCAACAUUUCCGUACGAGAAGUACAAUCACGUGGUUUUACCUAUAUGCAUGGGCAAUCACUGGACUUUGCCAUUGGGCAAAACCCUCUGCGAAGCACCAGCGUUCGUCGUGAGAGGAGUCCGAACAAGCCCGGCACAGAUAAACCACGAUGACUGCGGAGUAUUUGUUCUAUACUUCAUCAAGCGCACGGUCGAGGCAUUUCAAACCGGGAAUACGCUUCUCUUAAGCGAUAUCAAGAAGAUAUGCACAAGUCCAAGGUCCGUGCGCUUCAACGCAAAACUGAUGCGGAAGCAGCCUGACACAAACGCACGCGACGGCUCACUGGAAUACGGGUCUCGGUUAAUUCAAUACAUGUAUUACACGUAUACAUAA